AUGGCGUUCAUGACCCAGAAGCAUGAGCUGGACCGAUUGCGCGGUGCAAUGCGACGCAGUCUAAGGAUCGCCGCCUGCCGAAUCUAUGCGCUGCAGGCGCUCAAUUGGUUGCUGCGCAGCGUCACCCAAGGCGUUUGUCUGCACGAUCUGAUGUGGUGGUUUGUCAGCUCGCUGGCGCUGGGCAGCGUUGAGCUGGUGGAUGGCAAGUACGAGGAGGCCGAACCGGCAUUGGAGCAUCCGUUGCGUAUACACAGAUCAGUGGACGCUUUGCACACUUGA